AUGGAUUUUGGAUUUUCAAUGGGAUAUCAGAAAUCAGGAAUCUUGGUUGUUGGUGCCCCACACGGUGAUCUAAAUGGGAGAGUUUAUAUUUGCACCGUCGGAGAUAUUAUAAAGAAUAAUACAUGUCAAAAAGUGGAUAUAGACAUCGAAAAACUUACUCAAUAUUCUACUCGAGAACAUAAUCCCAGCCAGCAUUAUUGUCUUGGGGCAACUAUUGCAGCAACACCGGAUUAUUUUUUGACUUGCGCUCCGCUUUGGAUGUCAUCGUACAAAACGGAAGACCCUCAAAAAUUCAAAAACGUUGAUACCAACUCCUACGGCACCUGUUUUAUCUACAACGGAACAGCCCAUCGAUAUAAUGGAUUGUAUGAGCAACACGUCGAAAAGACCAUUCCAAACCGACAGGCGUUUUCCGGCGGCGUCGGCUGGACAACGUUAAUUGACGAUAUGAACAAUUUAAUACUGAUAGCCAAAAUAUUUGCCAAGGGUGACAUUAGCUAUAUUUCUCAAUCAAGUCCUCUGAGUCCAGCCCGUUCACUCACGCAAAGGAAGAAAAGUUAUUUCACAAUGCAUACUGCGGCCUACCGGAAUGUUGGGCUAGCACUUGCAUCUGGGCGCUUUUCUAUCUCAGGUGCGAACGAAACUGUUUAUGCGUUUAGUAUGGUACACAACGACAUGACUAGCACAGUGGCGUUCCUCCGAUAUGCGAUAAAGGACAAUUACUUCAGAUUAAUAAAGAACGUGGAAAUCGUGCACGAAGCGAUAAACACAAUGUUCGGAGCGGCGAUGAGGUGCGAAGACCUCGACGAUGAUGGUUUUUCGGAGUUGCUAGUGGGGGCGCCCGCGCAGGGAGACGACGAUAACGCGUAUGAAGUCGGCGCCCUACACAUAUUCACGGGGGGUGAAUUGAACACGAUAGUUAAUGCCAAUAGGAUGCGAUCCAUUAUUGGUACUAAGGAAGGCUCGAGAUUCGGCAGUGCAAUUGCAUGUACCGACAUUGAUGGGGAUAAUUUUCCAGAAGUAGUAGUUAGUGCACCUUACGAAGGCCUUGGUAUGGGAGCUGUUUAUAUAAUUUCUGGUUCUGAAUUGAAUCGUAUGCUGUUAAAAGGCGAAUUAUACAAAACAAUCAGUCUUUCGCAACUAACGUCGACACAGAGAAUACAAAACAAGAAAUUUAAAUCUUUUGGUUUCAGUCUUCAAGUUAUCGCAGACAUAAAUGAGAACGGCUGCAAAGAAUUAGCCGUGGGAAGUCCCGACAGCACGCGAGUCGUUUUGUAUCGCAGUAUACCUUUUGUUAAAUUGGCACUGUCUACCCAACUUGUUGGUGAACAGGUCGUGCGGAUAAAACAAAAUAAUUUUACGGUAAGCGUAAUUGUUGAUGUUACAUAUCCAAGAAAGCCGCAAAAGAUCCUUGGAAAAAUUAAAUUAAUGAACAGUAUUAUUGGAGAUGGAGUAAACAUUGCAGAAGGACAAGAAACUAUAGUCAUUGAUCUUUCACAUAAGGAACCAAAUUACAUUUUAGAUGUUGGCGUUAUUAUUGACAACAAUGAACCAGGCACUUACAAGUUUAGCACGGUGAUUGAAGAAGAAUCUGAUGACAUUGUUAAAAGCAAAGAUUUCAAUCCAUCAUGGGUAACUUUAAAACCAAAGAGUUUGAUGUCGUCACUUGAGAUUGAAAGGCGUUGCUCUGGUGAAAGUUGUUUACCGCAGUUGAAUAUGACACUAGAAUGGUCCGGACGCUCACCAUAUACUUUAGGUUCAACAAAAUCGGAAACGGUCACUGUUCGUUUUAAGAAUGAAGGAAACAGUUCCUAUGCGCAGACUUGCGCAUAUUUGAGUGUGAGCGGUGCUCGUGUGGUUCAAUUUGGUUGCCCGGAGGCAGAUGGUUUCUACAAGUGUCUUCUGCCUGUGCCCAUAAAUAGAGACGCUGAACAUUUAAUAGAAAUGUCACUAGACAUGAGCAGAGCUACAAGUAAAGACCAGGCGCUAAUUGUAAACGUAACGUUCUACAAAAGCGGUUGUUCACUAAAUUUGAAUUUCACGAAAUUAGACCUGAUUGUACCGUAUGAACUGGAAACGGAUGUUAUAACAAUUAAUGGUUCAUCGCAUGAACGAGUGCUUACUGACAGAGAGGUGCUAGACACAACGAUAAAUUCUAUUGAAGACGCGCAUGAAUAUACGAUUGAAAACCACGGUAAAGUUUUGUGGAAAGGUAUCACAGCCAUAGUGAGGUGGAAGCAUUAUCCGUUUAUUAAAACUUAUAAAGUAUCCUUAGCGUCCACAAUAAGCAAUUGUAUGAGGCAAGACUCAAAUAUUGAUGUGACAUUUACUUGCAUAUUAAGUUUGGAACCACACGCUUCAGUUAAAGUUAUUUCAACGAUGGAAUUAUCCGAAACUGACAUAGAAAAGCAUCUGGUGGGUAAUAAUGUCAACGUUUCCUCGGAUCUGGAGCUACAUCUAACAGCGAUUGAGAGAAAAGGCUUGUCGUUAACAACAUUCAUACAAUAUCGGAAGGUGCUUUCAUUGAAGCAAAAUAAACAAUUGAUAAUUCUCAUCGCAAUUAUAGUCGCCAUUUUAAUAUUAGCGAUUGUAGCCUUCAUUCUUUACAAGAUGGGUUUCUUUAACAGAGAUACUAAAAACCAGUUGAUAGAAGAGAAGAAAGAACAUGAAAUAAGAAAGAGUAUACGACGCUCUACCAUGUCCAGAAAAGAAGAUAACGCAGAGGGCCCAUCAAAUUCACAUACGAACCAAAUCGAGGUUGUGGACGAACCUUUGGAGCCGCAAACUAAAAAUAGACAUGAUACUCAAGAACCG